AAAUUUCUGACAAAAACUUAUAGCAGGUGGAUAAUUUUUACAUUUUCGAACUUUUAUAACGAAAAUUUACUAUUUACUUUUUCUUUUUAAACAAUUUUUAAUUUUGAUUGGUUUUAAUUUUCUUGAAAUGACUAAAAUGUAUUGUUCAAAUUGUAAUGUAGCUUAUUCUAUUUCGGGAGUAAGCGAAUCGCAAGAAAUCAUGUGUGAAAAUGGGCAUUUUUUAUGUCCCAAGUGUUAUGCAUCCUCAAAAACUAAAUGCAUAAAGUGUGGAGGUAGAUUAUUUGAUUGUAUUGAAAACAUACCUCUAACCCAACAUUACACCAAUUGGACACUCGAAAUGAUUUGUGAUUGGUUGAAAACGAAUGAAAAACCAACAUCAAACUCAAGAGAUGAUAAAUUUGAUGGGGAAUUUGGUGUUUUGAGGGAUGGUGAAUCAAUGAAUAUGCUUUUUUCCAGGUCAAAAAGUUUCGACGCCGAAAGCGAAGAUAACAAUAAUAACAGUUUGAGUAUUUUGAGUUCCAAAGAGAACCAGGACGACUUUCUUGAGAAAAUAGAUUCUUUCCCAAAGUAUGUUGAACAUUCCCAACCAAGGGAAAAUAAUUCAAAUCUUAUGAAAAAAGUCUCUCGUCAGAAUCCCGUCGAUCAAAUGAGGGAUCAAUUUCGGGGACAGCCUAACGAUUUUUUUGAACAAAACGAUUCAUUCUCAAAGUAUGCUGAAAAUGCCCAUUCAAUGGAAAAUAAUUCAAAUCUUGUGAAAAACGAUACCCGCCAGAAACUUGUCGACCAAAUGAAAGAUAAAAUUCGGGGACAGUCUAACGAUUUUUUUGAACAAAACGAUUCAUUCUCAAAGUAUGCUGAAAAUGCCCAUUCAAUGGAAAAUAAUUCAAAUCUUGUGAAAAACGAUACUCGCCAGAAACUUGUCGACCAAAUUAGAGAUCAAAUUCGGGGACAAUCUAACGAUUUUUUUGAACAAAACGAUUCAUUCUCAAAGUAUGCUGAAAAUGCCCAUUCAAUGGAAAAUAAUUCAAAUCUUGUGAAAAACGAUACUCGCCAGAAACUUGUCGACCAAAUUAGAGAUCAAAUUCGGGGACAGUCUAACGAUUUUUUUGAACAAAACGAUUCAUUCUCAAAGUAUGUUGAAAAUUCCCAUUCAAUGGAAAAUAAUUCAAAUCUUGUGAAAAACGAUACUCGCCAGAAACUUGUCGACCAAAUUAGAGAUCAAAUUCGGGGACAGUCUAACGAUUUUUUUGAACAAAACGAUUCACUCUCAAACUAUGUUGAAAAUUCCCAUUCAAUGGAAAAUCAUUCACAUCUUAUGAAAAACGAUACUCGCCAAAAACUUGUAGACCAAAUGAGAGAUAAAAUUCGGGGACAGUCUAACGAUCUUUUUGAACAAAACGAUUCAUUCUCAAAGUAUGUUGAAAAUUCCCAUUCAAUGGAAAAUAAUUCAAGUCUUGUGAAAAACGAUACUCGCCAGAAGCUUGCCGACCAAAUGAGAGAUGAACUUCGGAUGAAUUCUGACGAAUUUUUCGAACAAAUAGGUUCAUUUGCAAAUUCCCAGUCAUUGAAAAAUAACUCAAAUCUUGGUACAAAAGAUACUCGUCAGAAUCUUCUCGAUCAAAUGAAGGAUGAAAUUAGUGAAAAAGUUAAAGAACAAAUUUAUAAUUUAUAUAAGAAUGAUCCAAGAACUUUGAUCAAACCAGUUGAGGAGUACAUGCGUGCGAAAGAAUCUAAGACAAUUGGAGUUUCAACAGAAUCAGAACCGAAUAUUGCACCAAGAUCACAGCCUUCCAAAGAGCGCAUAGUCGAAGUGAUUGAUUUAAAACCACAAAGAUGUAUUCCAACCUUACCAGCGCCGCCGUCGCAAGAGUAUUUGGUAAUGAAUGUUGAUGCAAAACACAAAAUAAAUCCCAAACCAUCAUCGUCCGGAUUGGAAGAACAACAUCAAGAAGCUUCCGAAACGCUACCAAAUUCUGGGCUGGAUAUGAUCUUGUCAGACAAGACAGCAGAUAAAUUCUCUACAAUGCCUCAGAAUGCACUCGAUCAAAAAACCUUAUCAAUUUGCAAUGCAGAAGAAAGUCAAUUUUCUGAAGAAUACGGAUCACAAUUUCAGAACAACAAGAAAUCGAAUGACUUCCUCCUCAUUUCAAAUUCCAGUCGUGCCUCCUAUAGCCCACCCAGUUGCCUUCAAAUUUCAUCGACGACCCAACCUAAACCCCAAUUUCAACUUAUAGCAAAUGCGACAAAGCCUCUUACACAAAUUGUCGAUGCCAUAUCACUCUUUAUCCCACGCAGCCCAGUCAUAUGCCCCAUAAGCUCAUGUCAACAGGCUUGUUUUGUAUCGGAUAUUACGCGUCACGUCGCUGUCUAUCACACAAAUGUACCCAUGGAACGAAUAGUCCCAAGACAAUGUAAAAACUUCUUCCUCGACCCCAAACUCAUACAUUUGGGAUCGAGUCGUUGUCAAAUGCUUCUGUUGGUCAAUGAUAAGAUAAAAAAUCUCGGUCAUGAGAAGAGAUUCAAAGAUUUUAUACCAAUUUUGGUGAUGUCAACAAAAGUCAGUACUUUGGAGUUGUGUUGCAGAAAAUCUGAAACUGAAAAUGCAGUGAUGAAAAAUCCGGAUGGCAAUGGGUUAGUGAUGAUUUGGCUGACGGGUUUAAUGCCACCUCAGCUACCGAUUUACUUUAGUAUGACAGUUUGGGCUAGAACGGGUAAUUCGCCAUCGUGUCACAUCGUUCACUCUGGACAAUUGUAUUCGAUUCGAAAUUCACAAAAUGCAAGAGAUAUUCAAGAGAGUGGACAAAGGUUAUUGCUUUCUCGAACUCAAAUUGAUCUACUGACAAGCAACGGAAGAAAUAUGUUGGAACUACAAAUUGCAAUAAAUUGAUAACAAUCACCAAUAAAUUUUGAAACUAAAUUAAAGUCAAAAACAAUGUUUACGUUUUCAUCUUUGAA